GCUCGAUGACGUGCGCUACUUGAGCUCAGCCUUUUGCCCCGAGGCCAUCGCCGGUCGGAAUCAUUCGACCGUCGUCACCCCACUAUUGCCUCGAUUGAACCACCGCCUGCCAUGAGCGGCCCUCCUCCCGGCGCUGGCAACGGCCCCCGGCUCCCUCCUCCGGGGACCGUCAUACAGCGCAAGCCCACCACCGCCAACCCCUUUGCGGCCAGAAAAAGGCCGAAGCCACCAGCGCAAAAUGCGAGGCCACCGAGGCCGGUAGAGAAGGACGUGGGAAAAGAGCCCGAGCCUCUGCUCGAUGACCCAACCGAUCCUGGGAUGAAGCAGCUGAAAGAACAGCGGCUCAAGAACGGAGGCUGGAGCGAGGCUCCCCCGGACAAGUACCAAGACUUUCCCCUAGUCAUGACUAAGCGGUCCAUGCUGGAGGGCUUGCGCCAUCACAUUAUGCGGUUAAAUAAGGGAACAGCAGAGCCCGGCCGGGCGAAAGGAGAUGCGAUUGUGGACGUUACCAACCAGGAUCAGUUCCCGCGGCCCGUCACUCUACUGCGUCGUGACCCCAGACUUCCGCCGGCUCACCGCAUGGUGGAAAAGCAGCCCGAGUCGAUUCCGACCGACCCUGCAGAAGCCGCUGAGUUUGAGCGUGUUCGCCAGCUCAAGGCGGAAAAGGAGGCGCAGCGCGCCCUGGAUCAGGCGCAGAUUGCUCCCGUUAUCCGGGGAAACGAGCCGAAGGCGAAGCAGAACCAAAAGAAGGAGAAGCCCGCCGCCUUCUACGGAAGAAACACGGAUGCGCAUAAAAAGGAGUCCAAGAUCCACUAUGAGGAGACGUGGCCGUGGCAUCUCGAGGACGCUGAGGGCAAGGCGGGCGUGUGGGUUGGGCAGUAUAUUGCCAGUCUGUCGGACCUGAACGUGGCACUCGUCAUAGACGGGGCGCGCUUCCGCAUGAUCCCGCUGGAGCGGUAUUACAAGUUCGAUGAGAAGCCCAAGUUCGAUACGCUCUCCCUGGACGACGCCGAGAAGAUGAUGUACGAGGUCAAGGAGAUCAAGCGUUGGGUCAUGAAGCAGAAGGAUCAAGAACUGCUGGAGAGGGAGAAGAACGAGACGCGGCAGUUCUUGCGCGGGCCCACCCGUGUGAAGACGGAGAGUGCCACAUCGCGCUUGGCGAGGAGGACCGAGAAGCAGGAUGACUUCGAGCUUGACAUGUCGGGCGACGAGUUUCAAGAUGACGACGAGAACCCCGGCUUCGACGCUGAUGACGAAGAGGUCAAGGAGGCCAAGGACCGCAUCCGCAGGGAGCAGGUGGCGGCCAAUACGUUCGGCGAGGCCGAAGAGGACAAGGUUGAGAAGCAGGAGCGGGAGGAGCAGCUAGAGAAGCUCAGGCAUAAGAUGAUGGGCAAACAGGUAGUCAAGACGCUCAAGAAAUUUGAACAGGGAUUGGACUAUGACGACCUGGAAUCCGGCGACGAAAACAACCCGUUCACCGACGAUUCGGAUACCGACGAGGAGUCGCAGGAUCGUGACCAAGAGGAUAAGGAGGAUGAGGAGGGCAGGGAGGGCAAGAAGGCCGACCAGAAAGGCCAAGGUGCCUCGGGGGCGAAUACCAAGGGUAACACGACCCCCUCUGGAAGGCAAAGAGUGGCCGACGUGGCCAAAAAGGGCAAGUUGAAGCGGGUCGGGUCACCGAACAUGUCCGAAUCGAGCGAGAAUGAGGCCGCCCGCAAGAAGCUCAAGACCGGAAAAGGAUCCGUGGUCCCCAGCCGUGGGGUGACUCCCAUUCCCGGGCGGCCGAAACCGGUGGGCGCUGCUAUGAGCGAUGGCGAAGCUACGGGCGGCGAAGCGUCCGACGGAGGCGCGAGGAUGAUGAAAAAGCCCAUGGUGAAACUUGGGAUCCGCGCCGGCACUACGCCAUCGGGUUCGCGCGCGGGCAGCCCUGCUCCGGCCGCCAACCAAGCUCCCCAGGCCCCCGGCACCGCAACACCCAGCGGUUCGCCGCCGCCGGGCCAGGCCCCGGAUAGAAUACAGCCUUGGGAAAUCGCCGAGGCUCUGGCUCCGUACGCGAAGGAGGGCAUCAGCCUUGGCGCCCUGCUGCGCAAGUUCCAAAGGAGGAUGAAUGGGCCUGGAAACAUCACCAAGACUGAGUGGAUUCAGAUGGUCAAGGCCAACGCCGUCUACGGCCCGGAUAAGCUUCUCCGACCUAAACCCGGCGGUGCAUCACCUGGCGGUGCAUCACCACAAGCCUGAGCAGCAUAGGAUAGGCUACGCUCCAAGGGCAGCAGUCCCUAUCUCCUCUCCGUGUUAUAAGACUCACACGACUGGGGCUCUUGAAAAAAAUCUCGAAUAAUAAAAACGCGGAGGACAGAACGGUUU